UGAUGGAUAGAAUGUGAAUGCUCUUAAACCCUCUUCCUACACCAUUGUAGUCCUAAAACCACUCUUAUCCACUUCUUUCUUCCUCUCACACAACACCAUGCUUCUUUCUUCAUCAUAAUCACAAAGACAGACAGUGUUUUCCAAUCUCAACAACAAUGGCCAAUUUACUAGCAUACCCACAAAACCCCUUAACUUUGACCACCAACAAAUUCACGAUUUCGAAAACCCUUAACCGAAGCACCUUCUCUGUCCGUGCGUCCGCAGUCACUCGGCGAAAGAAGCAGUCGCAGCAGCAGCAGCAGCAGCAGCAGAAGGAGGAUGAGGCAACAUCGACGGAGAAGGGGCUGAGGUUAGUGUUUAUGGAGGAUUUGAUGGAGCGUGCCAAGAGGCGUGACGUUGCUGGAGUAUCGGAGGUUAUGUAUGACAUGAUUGCUGCUGGGAUUAACCCUGGACCUCGCUCUUUUCAUGGCUUGGUUAUUUCUCAUACGCUUAAUGCUGAUCAUGAAGGCGCUAUGAACGCAUUGCGAAGGGAGCUAAGUGAAGGCCUUUGUCCCCUUCCUGAAACCUUCACCGCAUUGAUCCGCUUAUUCGGUUCAAAAGGAUAUGCUACAAGGGGCUUAGAGAUUCUUGCAGCAAUGGAGAAACUGAAUUACGAUAUCCGUAAUGGAUGGCUAGUUCUUAUUGGGGAACUUAUUAGAAACGAUCAUUUGGCUGAUGCCAACAAAGUAUUUUUAAAGGGUGCUGAGGGUGGACUCAGAGCUUCUGAUGAGAUAUACGAUCUUCUGAUAAAAGAAGAUUGCAGAGUUGGUGAUCAUUCAAACGCGUUAACCAUAGCGUAUAAAAUGGAGGAAGCUGGCAGGAUGGCUACCACUUAUCACUUCAAUUGUCUUCUUAGUUGUCAGGCAACCUGUGGAAUACCUGAAAUUGCGUUUGCGACGUUUGAGAACAUGAUUUAUGGGCAAGAGUAUAUGAAACCUGACACAGAAACAUAUAACUGGUUAAUCCAGGCUUAUACAAGGGCAGAAUCAUCUGACAGGGUACAAGAUGUCGCCCACCUUCUUGGCAUGAUGGUUGAAGAUUACCAUCGGGUACAACCUAAUGUGAAAACCUAUGCGCUAUUGGUGGAAUGCUUUACAAAAUAUUGUGCUGUAAGAGAAGCUAUCCGACAUUUCCGGGCCCUUAUGAGAAUCGAAGGGGGAAUUAAAGUUCUAUACAAUGAAGGGAAUUACGGAGAUCCUCUUUCUCUAUACCUUCGCGCUUUAUGCAGAGAAGGAAGGAUUGUUGAGCUUCUGGAAGCUUUAGAAGCUAUGGGUAGAGAAAAUCAGCGUAUCCCGGACCGAGCAAUGAUACUUAGUCAAAAAUAUCGAACCUUGGUUAGCUCUUGGAUUGAACCUUUGUCGACAGAAGCCGAUGUAGGAUACGAGAUUGAUUACAUCGCCAGAUAUAUUGAGGAGGGUGGGCUUACAGGUGAACGCAAGAGAUGGGUCCCACGGGAAGGAAAAACGUCACUAGAUCCCGACGUUGCCGGAUUCGUGUACAAAAACCCGUUAGAAACUUCAUUCAGACAACACUGUCUGGAGAACUGGAGAAGAUAUCAUAGAAAGGUGUUACGGGCUUUACGCAGAAGAGGCCCGUCACUUUUGGGAGAUGCUUCUGAAGCUGAUUAUGUACGGGUCGUGGAGUGGCUAUUUCAUGUCCUUAAACGGCCCAACAAAAACGCGUUGAAACCAAAGGCUGCAAGCAAGAUGCUUGUACCUGAGCUUAUGGAAGAACUUGAAGCACAAGGUCUGCCCACUGAUGGUAACCGGAGCGUACUUUAUCAGCGUGUUCAGAAGGCUAGAAGAAUUAAUCGAUCCCGAAACAAGCCUCUGUGGGUCCCUCCUGUUCAAGAGCAAGAAGAAGAGAUUGAUGAGGAGGUGCAAGAAUUAGUAUCACGGGUGAGGUUAGAAGAAGGGAAUACAGAGUUUUGGAGAAGACGUUUUCUCGGAGAAGGUUUAGAAGCGGAACUCGGAAUACCAACGGCAAUUGAAGCCGAAGUGUCAGAUGUCUCUGAUAAUCCUGAGGAGGAUGUGAAUAAACAACAGGCUGAUGACGAUGAAGCAGACAAAGAGGAGGUAGCUGAACCAACUGAAACGCAAGCUGGCGAUACAGAAGCGGUCAAGGACAAAGAAGAGGCUGCAAAUCCCCUUCAAAUGAUUGGCGUCCAGUUAUUUAAAGGUCCCGAGACUACACCAGCUAAAUCAAAAAAAUCUGUAAAAAGAUUGGCCCGAAUUGCUGCAAUGGAGAACGAUGACGAUGAAGACUGGUAUCCAUUGGAUAUAUUGGAGGCAUUUAAGGAGUUGAGAAAUAGGAAAGAAUUCGAUGCGUCGGAUAUGUACACAAUUGCCGAUGCUUGGGGUUGGACAUGGGAAAUGGAACUAAGGAACACCCCUCCUCGACGUUGGUCACAAGAAUGGGAAGUAGAAUUAGCCGUCAAGCUAAUGAAAAAAGUAAUAGAGUUGGGUGGGAAGCCAACGAUCGGGGACUGUGCGAUAAUUCUGCGUGCAGCAAUAAGAGCUCCAUAUCCUUCGGCUUUCUUAGAAAUUUUAGGAACAUCACAUAGCCUCGGUUAUGUGUUUGGGAGUCCAUUAUAUGAUGAGGUUAUCAGUUUAUGCCUUGAUCUUGGAGAGCUUGAUGCAGCUGUUGCUAUUGUUGCUGACCUGGAAACGAGUGGUAUAACGGUUCCCGACGAGACCCUCGAUCGGGUCAUUCAGGCUAGACAAACAACAACUCGUAGUAACGUAAAUGGUACAUCUUUGUAAGUUGAGGGUUAGUAUUUUCUUUUGUUGUAUGUUGUAUCAUCUCCGAUUGUAAUAGAAACCAGCUUUGCCUUUGUGAGAAUUCCUCAAAGUAACACUAGGUUCUUUAGUGGUAGCUAAUAGUUAUUUUUUAAAA